CACUGAUCACCGCGGCCAUAUCAGCCUUGCGUGGGUACUAACGGAAAGAGAAACUGCUGAAGUAUAUUAGCUUCUUCGAGGUAGACGGAUGAUCUGUCGCGCGAAAGAGAUAUAGAAUGCCGCAGAGAUGGAGUCGGUGAAGUAUUUUGACAUCGAGAGACCUGUGGAGUGUGGGAAGUUGGAGGAUCUCUCGGUCUACCUAUCGUCGAGGUACCGCGCGCAGGGUCACAAUAGCACCAGAAGAACAAUACCAGCUUCACCUGAUGCCGGGGGAUACGGCGGCACGAUAGACGUCUUCCCCGAAUCACUUCCUACAGGCUCGACUCCUUUAUCGAGCGCAGCGCUGAAUGGCGCGGGGACUUCACGAUGCCCGCGGCCGUCGUCGUGGGGGGGUUUGAAGGGUUACGUAUCGAAGGUCGAGAGCCGGAGGAGGGAACAUCAGAGCUUACCUGCAGCAUUGGUAGGAUGUACCCGUCAAGAGUGUAUCGUGUACGAGAUCCUUCCCCAGUCCUCGGUAUGGCGGAUGCAGAUGCGAGAUGCAGAUGCAGAUUGGGGAGAUCUGUGGAGGUCGUCGGUAUCGCGACGUUGGCGUUACGUGUGUAUUGUCUGUAUCGCCGGGCGGCUUGUAGCCUUCGUCACUAACGACAAUCUUGGCGGCCUCAGGGUGCAACGACUUGCGCUUACAUACACAACAGACAACGCCGAAGCAACGAGGGCGCGAUCGAUCACCCAGGGCCCAGUAGUAUGACGAACACACAGAGGCAAAGGGGGCAACGAAUCGAGCAACCAGCUGUGGAUCCCCCGCCCAGAUCUGGGACGCCGUCGAAUAACAGGCUGGAAGAUAAAUAUAGCAGAGAUAAAGAGAGACAAGAGGAUCCUCUUCGAAAUUCUGGAGCGGGCGGUCGGGGAAAAGGAUGGGAGGAAUCCCACGAGGCCGGGGAGACAAUGCUGGGACAGAAGGAGCAAGAAAGUAUCCAACAGAGGAUACAAUGAUGAAGUAUGCUUCUCAAGAAGAGGAGGAGAAGGGAAGGGAUUCCGGCCUCUCUGGACCG